GACGGGAAGCGAAAGAUACAGAGGCGGAGUUAACCUGAUCAUCUCGAUGGUUCAGACAGACAUCCACGUGAACACUACGAAGCAGACUCUUCAGGGUGUGGCGUUCCCUCUGGACGGAGAGGCCUUCGCUGCGAUACAGCAGUUCAAGGACAAAAAACUCAACUACGUUCAGCUGAGCAUCAAUUUUGAGAAGGAGCUGAUCGUGUUGUCGAACACGGACGCCACGGAGGUGAAGGAUCUGCCCAAGAGGAUCCCCAAAGACGCGGCGCGCUAUCACUUCUUCCGCUUCAAACACUCACACGAGGGCGACUACCUGGAGUCUGCAGUGUUUAUUUACUCCAUGCCGGGGUACAGCUGUGGGAUCCGCGAGCGCAUGCUUUACUCCAGCUGUAAGAAUCCUCUGCUGGAGAUGGUGGAGAACAAACUGCAGAUGGAGGUGGAGAAGAAGAUGGAGAUCGAUACUUGGCGAUGAGCUGGACGGCCGAUUUCC